CAGACGCACGCACGCACCCAGCGCGCUCUCGCUCUUCAGCUGGAGAGCUUUUGCGCAUCUCAAUAACAGACACAUACGCGUAUCACCCAUAAAUCCGUGUUUAAUAUGGCACUUCACAAUACUUUCCUGCAUCUUGGCCGCAAGAAUCUGCUCCAGCACACGUACAAACAGCUUUUCUUGCAAACCCGCGGGCUGCACAAGACCACGGCCAGCGGCUCCGUGGAUAUUACGCACAGUCCGGCUGAUCUGAAAGACGACACGGUGAAACCAUCCGAGGAGGUUCUGGAUGUGGCCAAUGCGAAGAGCCUUAAAGAUAUGCCCGGACCAGGCACUGUCUCCAACCUCUUAGAGUUCUUCUACAGGGAUGGUUUCAGUCGCAUCCAUGAGAUCCAGAUGGAGCACUCUCAGAAGUACGGCAAGAUCUUCAAAUCUCGAUUUGGACCUCAGUUCGUGGUGUCCAUCGCUGACAGAGACAUGGUUGCUCAUGUUCUCCGGGCUGAAGGUGUGGCGCCGCAGCGGGGUAACAUGGAGUCCUGGAAAGAGUACAGAGACUUGAGAGGACGAUCCACAGGACUCAUCUCAGCCGAGGGUGAAGAGUGGCUGAAGAUGCGCAGCGUCCUGCGUCAGCUGAUCAUGCGGCCGCGAGACGUGGCUGUUUUCGCUCCUGAUGUCAACCCCGUGGUGGAGGAUCUAGUAAAGAGAAUAAAGACAAUGAGGAGCCAGCAGCCCGAUGGCCAAACUGUUGAAAACAUCAAUGAUCUGUUCUUCAAAUAUGCCAUGGAAGGUGUGGCAACCAUUUUGUACGAGGCUCGUCUGGGCUGUUUGGAGGAGAAUAUUCCCAAGAUGAGUCAGGAGUACAUUGAAGCGCUGCAUCUCAUGUUCAGCUCUUUUAAGACCACCAUGUACGCCGGUGCCAUUCCCAAAUGGCUGCGUCCCAUCAUUCCCAAACCCUGGGAGGAAUUCUGCAGCUCCUGGGACGGCCUCUUUAAAUUCAGCCAGAUUCAUGUUGACAAAAAGCUUUCGGAGGUUAAGAGAAAGAUGGAGAGAGGCGAAGAGAUUAAAGGAGGCUUGUUGACUCACAUGCUGGUCACCAGAGAGAUGAGCGUGGAGGAUAUUUACGCAAACAUGACAGAAAUGCUCCUGGCUGGAGUGGACACGACCUCAUUCACGUUGUCGUGGAGUGCGUACCUUCUGGCAAGACAUCCCAUGGUACAGCAGCAGAUCUUUGAGGAGGUGGAGCGUGUGUUGGGUGGACGUGUCCCGACCGGAGAGGAUGUUGCUAAUUUGCCUCUGAUUAGAGGGCUUGUCAAAGAGACGCUCAGGCUUUUCCCUGUUCUCCCCGGAAACGGACGUGUCACACAGGACGAUCUUAUCGUUGGAGGUUACUUCAUUCCUAAAGGGACUCAGCUGGCUCUGUGUCAUUACUCCACGUCUAUGGAUGAGGAGAACUUCCCCCGUGCCGAAGAGUUCCGGCCAGAACGCUGGCUUCGCAAGGACUCCACCGACCGCGUGGACAACUUCGGCUCCAUCCCGUUUGGCUACGGCAUCCGCAGUUGCAUCGGCAGGAGAAUAGCCGAGCUGGAGAUGUAUUUGGCCCUCACACAGCUUCUUCAGAAGUUCCACAUCAAGGUGUCUCCUGAUGCCACUGACGUGCGUGCUAAAACCCAUGGCCUCCUCUGUCCAGGUGCACCCAUCAACCUUAGGUUUGUGGACCGAGAUUGAUCUGACAUCACCCGACGUGUAAAUAUAAACCGUAAUCCAGCCGGAAGAUGCCCUGAAGAUUGUUGGUGUCAUUGUGUCACAGUGUUUUCAACGUCUAUCCCGCUAUGUGUGGAGUUUUACAAAUAAUUUAAUGCUUCUGUAAUGUUACGUAUGUAUAUUUUCAAACUGUAUAGAACUGGUACUCUUUUAUAAACUCUUAUCUAUACAAAUUACAUGAAUGGUUUUUACAUUUUCUCAAAUGACUGAACAUCCGUUAACUCCUACCCUUCAACUGAAGCCACCCAUUAAUGCCUUGUAUGCAAUUUUGUAAAGUGUUUGAUAUAUUGAAACUUUUGAAUGUGUGGCUGAAUUUUGUAAAAGAAUGAAUAUAUCAAAUGUAAAAACUAUUAAGAUUUGCUGUAUUAUUCAGUUGUUAUUUUGUGCGUUCUGUUUAAACUACCUGUUUGAAACAUACAGGCUUACAAUUAAUGUUGAUUUUUGUCUAUCAGAAUCUUGUUUUAUGUAACAUUGACUCAAUAAUGAGGAGUUCUUUUUUAAAUUAUUUGGUAUUACACAUUUCUCUAUACCUGUAUAUGAAACACAGAGGACAUUUUCUCAAACACGGCCCAGCUGUUUGUUAAAUUAAUAGUUCAUAAGAAAUGAUAGUUAAUAAAUAGUUAAAUGAAACUACUAGUAAAAACCAUAAAUAAAAGUAUAACUGUAACAUAAAUGCAAAUGGGAAGUUUCUGAACAGAACUGUAAAUAGGUGAAUAAUACAGUACAGUUAAGUAAUCCAUAAAUUUUGAAUAAGGUAAUUUUACCUAUCUUCAUCAUUUUAAUUUCAUUGUUCAAUUACUGUAAUGUGUAAUGAAAAUAACAUUUUUCUUAAGUUUGGUGUGAAUGAG